AUGCCCCCAGUCGACCUCGAAACCCUCGUCACAGCCUACGCCGGCGACCGGAAAAUAGCCUGCGAGACACUGGCCGACAAUCCCGCCGGCGGCGAGGCUCCGCCUGAUUUCCCGCCGGAAUCCUUCCUGCUAUCAAAGGAUGCCGAAUACGAGUGGUUCGACCGGAACGCGUUCUACGAGCGCAAGGACUCAACCAGAGGCUACACCAACUCCGGCAACUUGAACCCGAACCCGCACCCGCAUCUGAGCUCCAACUCCAGCUCCCAGCGGUUCUCCGCCAACCUCAAAUCCAAAGCCUCCAUAAUCGGCCUGCCCAAGUCUCAGAAGGCCACCUUUGGGGCCACCAAGCGGAGGAUCUGCCGCCCGCCGGCCAUACGCCUCUUUCCCAAGCGUUCCGGUUCGGCCGGGAAGUCAUCCACCCCGAUCGAGCCGAGCUCUCCCAAGGUCUCCUGUAUGGGCCGGGUCAGGUCCAAGCGGUGCCGCCGGAGAUCGAACUCGCGCAAGAGAGGCGAGAAGCCGGCGGACAAGCCCGGAACAGGCGGCGCGAGGCUGAAGGCCGGGUUCUACUCGAGGGUGAUGGGUAUGUUCCGGUCCAAGAGAGCGGAGAGGAAAUCGUCCCGGUCGGGAAGCAGGAAGCCGAUGGCCGUCGUGGUGGAGGAGGAACCGGCGGGUCUCGACCAGAUGCGGAGGAGCAGGAGCCUUAGCGUGCAAGUGGGGGAGGUCGCGGCGGUUGAGGCGCCCGGUUUGGGAGGAAUGAACCGGUUCGCAUCGGGGAGGCGGUCCGGUUCGUGGGCGUCCGAUGACUUUAAUUAG